AUGCCCCAAAAAGAAUACCACAACCAAGCCACGUGGGAGUCUGGCGUAGCCUCAAUGAUGCAGAACAAGGUGUAUGACAUCUGUGAUGAAGGUCACAGCGGUGUGAACCAGCUGGGCGGCGUGUUCGUUAACGGCAGACCCCUGCCGGACUCCACCAGGCAGAAGAUCGUCGAGCUCGCUCACAGCGGCGCGCGGCCGUGCGACAUCUCCCGGAUCCUGCAGAGCCAUGAUGAUGCAAAAGUCCAAGUGCUGGACAAUGAAAACGUAUCCAACGGCUGCGUGAGCAAGAUCCUGGGCAGAUACUAUGAAACCGGCUCCAUAAGACCGAGAGCAAUAGGCGGCAGCAAGCCCAGGGUCGCGACUCCCGAGGUGGUCGGCAAGAUCGCGCAGUACAAGCGGGAGUGCCCGUCUAUCUUUGCCUGGGAGAUCCGCGACAGACUCCUGUCGGAGGGGGUCUGCACCAACGAUAAUAUACCCAGUGUAAGUGUACUGACUGUGUCGUCGAUAAACAGAGUCCUCCGCAACCUGGCUAGUGAAAAGCAACAGAUGGGCGCAGAUGGCAUGUAUGACAAGCUGAGAAUGCUCAACGGUCAGACAGGAACUUGGGGGACCCGGCCCGGCUGGUACCCCGGAACAUCGGUGCCAGGGCAGCCCAACCCAGAUGGCUGCCAGCAACCAGACGGCGCAGGGGAGAACACCAACUCCAUCAGCUCCAACGGAGAAGACUCGGACGAGACGCAGAUGCGGCUUCAGCUGAAGAGGAAGCUGCAGAGGAACCGCACCUCCUUCACCCAGGAGCAGAUCGAGGCGCUGGAAAAAGAAUUUGAGAGGACUCAUUACCCCGACGUCUUCGCGAGGGAGAGAUUAGCAGCGAAAAUAGACCUGCCCGAAGCCAGAAUACAGGUAUGGUUCUCAAAUAGGAGGGCGAAGUGGAGGCGAGAGGAGAAGCUGCGGAACCAGCGUCGCCAGGCCAACAACUCCUCCAGUCACAUCCCCAUCAGCAGCAGCUUCAGCACCAGCGUCUACCAGGCCAUCCCGCAGCCCACCACGCCGGUGUCGUUCACUUCGGGGUCCAUGCUGGGUAGACCCGACACUGCCCUCACAAACACCUACAGCGCGCUGCCCCCCAUGCCCAGCUUCACCAUGGCUAACAACCUACCUAUGCAACCCAGCCAGACCUCCUCUUAUUCCUGCAUGCUGCCUACCAGUCCGCCUGUGAAUGGGCGGAGCUACGAAACAUACACGCCCCCUCAUAUGCAGGCACAUAUGAACAGCCAAUCAAUGACCACUUCUGGUACCACCUCAACAGGACUCAUCUCUCCUGGAGUGUCUGUCCCUGUCCAAGUCCCAGGAAGCGAGCCUGACAUGUCUCAGUACUGGUCAAGACUACAGUAG